CCAGGGCGCACGGGAGGGUGGAAUUCUUUUACACACUCGGCUGAGAAAGUAUUCACUGGUGUCUUCAAGAGAUGCGUGUUCAUUGUGGAUAAAGGUUUAGCUGAAGUGUAUAUUUUCAGAUACAUAUUCACUCGGUGGAACUGACUGAAUCUGCAGCAGCAGUAAAAGUUAGACGAUGUGGCAGCGCCGCUUCUUGAUCCUUGUGAGCGCGGUGGUCGUGAGCGCCCAGUUCCCCAGAGAGUGUGUGACACCCGAGGGGCUCAGGAGUGGUCAGUGCUGUCCGUCGCCUUCUGGACUCAGCAACGACCCAUGUGGCUCAAGCACGGGCCGCGGACAGUGCAUGCCCAUCGCGGUGGACACGCGGCCGCAUGGGCCUCAGUACCCGCACGACGGACAGGAUGAUCGUGAGCGAUGGCCCAUCCGUUUUUUCAAUCGUACUUGUCAGUGUAACGGGAACUUCAGCGGAUAUAACUGCGGCCGCUGCAGACAUGGAUGGACAGGGGUCAACUGUAGCCAGCGAGUUUCUGUUGUAAGAACAAACGUGAUGCAGCUCAGCGCGGACGAGAAGCGCGCGUUUGUGAACGCGCUGGACCGAGCCAAGCGCACGGUGCACCCCGACCUGGUGAUCGCUACGCGGCGCUAUGCGGAGAUCUUUGGUCCCGAUGGGAACACCGUGCAGUUCGAGAACAUCUCCAUCUACAAUUACUUUGUGUGGAGCCACUAUUACUCCGUCAGUAAGACGUUCCUGGGCGCGGGGCAGGCCAGUUUCGGAGGAGUAGACUUCUCACACGAGGGCCCCGGUUUCCUCACUUGGCACAGGUACCACCUGCUGCAGCUGGAGAGAGACAUGCAGGACAUGCUGCGUGACCCCUCCUUCGCCCUGCCCUACUGGAACUUUGCCAUUGGUGGAAACACAUGUGACAUCUGCUCUGAUGACCUGAUGGGUGCCAGGAGCAGUUUUGACAUGAACUCCCUGAGCUCCAACUCCAUCUUCUCCCAGUGGAGGGUCAUCUGUGAGAGCGUAGAAGACUAUGACACACUGGGAACCAUCUGCAACAGCACUGAGACAACUCCCAUCAGGAGGAACCCAGCAGGAAACGUGAACAGGCCGAUGGUCCAGCAUCUACCAGAGCCUCAGGAUGUGGCAGACUGCUUGCAGGUCAAGACUUUUGACGCCCCACCCUACUACUCCACCUCCUCUGAAAGCUUCAGAAACACCAUUGAAGGCUACAGCACCCCCCAGGGAAACUAUGACCCCAUGGUGAGGAGCCUGCACAACCUGGCUCAUCUGUUCCUGAAUGGGACAGGAGGACAGACCCACCUCUCACCCAAUGACCCCAUCUUUGUCUUGCUCCACUCUUACACCGAUGCUAUAUUUGAUGAAUGGUUGAGAAGACACAGUCCAGGUUCAUCUGUGUAUCCUGAUGAAAAUGCCCCCAUUGGCCACAACAGGGGCUACAACAUGGUGCCUUUCUGGCCUCCAGUGACCAACGCUGAGAUGUUUGUGACUGCACCUGACAAUCUUGGCUACUCUUAUGAUGUUGAAUGGCCAGGUCAGCCUUACACUCUGACUGAAAUCAUCACCAUGGCAAUAGUUGCUGCUCUUAUGAUAGCUGCAGUCAUUUUUGCUGCCACCACAUGUGCCCUACGUGCCAGGUCUUACAGGAUGGAGGGCCAUCAGCCUCUGCUUGGGGAUCAGUACCAGCGGUAUGAUGACGCCAAAAGCCAAUCUGUAGUCUGAGAUCUGUGUGCACACUCACCUGUGUGCCUCUUCCCUUCACUUUCAUGGUGACACAGGGCUGCAGUUUGUGUAGAUUCUUUAAAAUAAUAUUAUCUUCUGGCUCUUUCUUUCAGCAAAGGUAGUCUCUCUUCAAUUUUCACAUUUCUGGAAAAUGUAUAAAUGGAACAUAUAUUCAAAUAAAGUGAACGUUACCAAAUGAAGUGCUGUAUGAUAGUGAUGCCACCAGGUGGUGCUCAGCUCCAAGUCUGGUCAGGCCUUUAAAAUUUCAUGGCAAUGUUUAUGGUGAUGUUAUGUGGUGUCUUCAUGCUUUGGUUUCAUUCAUUUUGAUUUCAAAGAUGAUCAGCUGUGAAGAAGUGAUUCAGCACGUUCUGUCACAACACAGUGCAAAGGAACAGGGGGCUGCAAAACCAUUCAAACAAACUCAUGAGCUUCUACCAUGUUUCUAGACUGUAACACUUUUCUUCAUCUGACAGUUUAGUUGAGUUGCACAAUAAGGUGAUGGAGCCACAUCACCCACAAGGGG